AUGAAACCUUUUCUAUGUGGUGUUGACUCCAACGAUCUAUCCUUCAAUCUUGAUGAGCUAGCAGAGAACCUGAGUUAUAUAUUCGAACUCAUCAUGUUAACAGGCUAUUCAAUGGCAAUGAAUUUAAGUCUUUCCAGAGUUUCGACCACUGUGGCAGGUUAUGAUAAAUUUGUGUUCAAUGUCCAGCGAGAAGACCACAACAACUAA